GUUUAUUUUCUUCUCUUGCUUUACUUGUUAAAAAAACUGCCAUAAACGUUGAUUUAGCCAAACAUUCAUUGAUAUCAUUUGGGCCGAUUUGAGGUGGGAAAGUGGUAUUUAAAAUUUUAUAUAUUUUUCAUUAUAUAGCCUUUCAAUUACUCUUCUAAUAUGUUGUGGUCUUAAAACGAUCGCAAUAGAUAUAUUUUUUUAAAUAUCUGUACAAAUUGAAAGAAAAAGUUGCUGUGCAUUCAUAUAUUAUCAGCGCUUCUGUCUGCUACACAUUAAAUUUUUUCUUUUUGGAAUAAACAUGGAGCCGAUGAAUCUAGGAAGCCCAGGAAGCCCGGGAAGCCCUGCUAAUAGCCCGUACCUUCCAUCAUUUUUCAUGGGCGAGCCGCACACACCAACCACAUCGCGUAAUAACACUUUUUCACCUAACAAAGCUGUUGGUAGAUCAUUCGGUUUCACUAAUUCACCUGGUGUAGCCAGUGGAACACAAGACAAUAGUAGGUCAACACCAGGACAAAAAACCCUGUUCGGAGGUUAUCAACAAACGCCAACAUCAGGACAAAAUACAUCAAAUUACAUUGGGACACCAGUACAAAAUCUUAAUCCUAGUGUUGGUCCUCCUGUUCAAGAUCUUUUUGACUCUCUACGCAAUGAAAGACACCAAAUUGAAACGCCAUUAUGUACGCAACAAACUAACUCGCAGCAGUUUGAUAGAUCAUGUGUUGGACAGCGAAAUAUAAAUUUCGCUUUAAAUCAAAGUAUGCAGCAGCAACUGGUUAAUCUGAACGAUUCUUUGUUGAGCAGUAACACUUCACGGAAUUUAUCACGCAGCAGUAUUAUGUCUCCAAUAAUGAGAGGAGAUUCAACCGGUGCCAAUGCAAUGAAUUUGAAUACUUCUCACGCACUACUACAAUGCGAAGCCCAAGCACGCUAUAAAGAGUUUUGGGUUACUGUGUAUGGUUUUCCGUCCACCGCCAUCUCAACAAUAUUACAACACUUUUCCCAGUGCGGCACCAUAGUGGAUACAGUUAUGCCUUCACAAAAUGGCAAUUGGAUACAUCUUAAAUAUUCAUCACGUCUUGAAUGCGAUAAAGCUCUCAACUAUAAUGAGAAAAUAUUGGCCAAUAAUAUAAUGAUUGGCGUAACUCAAUGCAAAGAUAAAGAUUUGUUUGAUAAGGAGAAUAUAUUCGAUAAUCCUGUGGAGUCUGCAAAAGUCCGACCUUUGGCUCAGGCAAGUUAUAAAAAUACUCAAAAAGAUACUUGUGGACCGAACGACAUCAGCAGUGUCCAAAAGAGUACUGGUAUUGUAGAUAAAGCUUUAGAUUUAUUUUUUGGAUGGUAAAAAAUUGCUGCAUAUCGGAUGUAUUUUUUUAAUUAAUUAAAGAUGACGGUAAACAAUUUCUACAAGAAAUCUAAAAAACUAUAAAGAAUUGAUUAAAUUAAAAA